AUGGACCUUCCGCUCGUGUACCGGUCCUCGGACUGGAGUUCUGCCACUGCUUCAAUUCAUUCCCGCGACCGCACCCAUCUCCAAAAGAUCUCCGACUACGAUUACCGUCUCGCGAACCUCUGUCUGACAACACCAACUUCUGACUCUAAACAAGCACUUUCUCUUCUCAACCACGCCCUUCCCCACUCCUCCGCGCCAUCUCUCAUCCUCGCCAGCCGCGCGCUCGCACACCUGGCUCUGCAAGACUAUGAAGCCGCACUUUCUGACGCCGACAUCGCUCUCGACGACAAGAAUAUCAGCAGCCAAGCCGAGAACGUAGCGCUGCACGCCCGAGCAAUGGCUUACCGCAUGGUCGGCCGCUUCGUCGACGCCGUCGCAGACUACUACGCGCUCUACGUCCGCAAUCAUCUCUCGAGACCCGGUUUUAUCAAAACCUCGGCUCUGCUGCUUUCGCGCACAAUGCUCAAUCCCGAGUUCGUCACAGGGCCAGACACUCUUGCUCCGAUGGUGGCUGUAGCUCGCUACUUUAGCGCCUACGCCAUCGAUUUUGACUCUGAUUCUUCUGCUUCUUCCCUUCUGCUUCCCGACCCCACCAUCGCAGACAACUCCUUGAAAUUCAACAUUGCCGCCCGUCUCCUUCUCUCAGGCUCUCACGCCUCAAUCUCAGCUUCAAUACCCACAUUCCUCACUCUUGCGCGCGACCCCGUCUCUUCAUCAAAAGUGAAAGCCGCGUCUCUCGAAUUGGCUGCGCAUCUACAGAAACUCACAAUCACCUGCCCGUCGCCAGCAGCUGAUCAAGCAGCACCCGCGAAGCGACCAGAGUUCCUAGCUCUCAUUUCCGAAAGCAUCGCGAUCGAACCCUCGGUUCGCGCACUUGUCGCCCGCGCAGUCCAUCUCCAUGAUCCAGGAUCCGACGACUUCCUCGACGCAAUCAGCCUCGAUCCGCAAUCGUCCCUCCCGCACUUCCACCGCGCAUACCUACGUCUGCACCCCGCGCCCUCUCAGAGCUCACCCUCCUCGUCCACGUUCUCGAUCCCACGCACCCACCUCGUCCGCGCCAAAGCCGAUCUCGAAGCCGCGAUCGCGCUCGACGCGAACUUCCCCGCACCGGUCGCAGAACUCGCCCUCCUCGCGUUCAAACAAGGCGACCUCGCCACCGCAUCUGACAUCUUCGCCUCCGCCUACCCGCGCUUCUCAUCCAACGCCCUCUUCCUAGACCGCUUCGCCCACUUCCUCUACAACACCGACCGCAGCCAAGACCUCAUCACCGUCCUCCACAACUCGUUCUCGAUCCCCGCGGUCUCGCCACCUCCCUCGCCCCCGCCUUCUGAAGACGUGCUUCCUCCGCCCCAGCAGCAGUUCAUCGAUGUCUCGGCAGCCGUACACUUGAUCGGCCUCCUCCGCCUUCACAAAGACCUGAUCCCCUCCCUCUCCACCACCGAGCAAGUCAUCAAAUUCCUCCGCUGCGCAUCAAAAGUCGACCCCACAAACCCAGAAAUAUGGUGUCUACUAGGCAUCCACCUCUCCUCCCCCUCCUCCUCCUCUUCCCCAUCCACCCUCUGCGCCCGCGCAAAUGCAUUCAAAAACACAGCGCAAUUCGCACAAUCUGAAGAUCUCCGCGCGUUUGCAGCAAAACGCCUCGCCGCAAAUCUCCUGCUCGAACGCAUCCAGUCCGUCAUCUCCUCUCCUUCCUCCUCCUCCUCGUCUUCUACUACCGAUCCUGCUGCUGCCACUGCGAAUUCUGCAAACGCUGCUGCUGCGCAACUUUUGAAAUGGAGCUAUCUCCUCUUUGAUUAACGCUCUUGUUUCUGUUUGGACUUUAUGCCGGUCUGCUC